AUUGGCAUUGGAAAAGAAAACUGAAAAGGAGAGGCAUGCAGGCAGCUGAGAGCUCGUUUGUCCUGAUUGGAAGUUUGAAGCGACAUGGAGCUAUCCUGAGCAGGGCUUAGAGGAUCCAUUUGUGGAACGACAGAAUCAUCCUCUUCAUCGACGAUUACUGCAAAGAAUUACACCACUGCAGGAGCGAAGGAAUAUAGACAAAGCAGAGGUUAUGCAUAGUGUCAAUUGGCGCAGCUGCUGGUCAACUGAGUGCACCUAUGAGGAAUGGAGAUCAAGUGAGCACCAAAGAAACUAUGGAGGGAUUUAGAUAUUUUCUUCGUGAGCAGCGGUGGUAUACACUCUGGUUAGCUUUGUCUUCUGUGAACAAUUCAACCCAUGGCAUCAAGAAAGUGUUCAGUGAGGUAAAUUAGGAGACUGCCUUCAAUCAAGCAGCCUUGAAAGCCCCUCAAAAGCUUAAGCCUGUUCUCUGAUACCACCUAUUAGUCACCUGAUUAACUGAGCAAGUGGAGAAAGUCUAGACCGUUCCAAAAUGUUUUCUGACCCGAGCCAGCGUUCUUCCAAGCGCUUCUCCCUUCUUCUCUUAGAAGACGGCGAUGAUUACGUCCAGGAUUGGGUGGCGACCGCCGUAUGCAGAAACCCUAAACCCCUCCCAAACCAGAGCGGUCAAACCCUCAAACCCCCGGCAUGGGCUCAGCCAGAGGGCGUGCUCAAAGGCCGGCUGCGCUUAUGCUCUCGGAGUUUCUUCUUUGAGCCGGAUAACGUGCGGAUACCGAUCCUUAUGUUUCUGCUGCGGAAAGUGGAUAAGAUUGAGCAGGGGGGAGCGGUUUCAAACACGCUCGGACAGCUUAAGGGGGAACUUUCCGAACAGCCUGCAAAAGAUAGUCCAAACAGCCGCUUCAGGUUUGGAGAGGUUGCGGACGAUAAGGGGGGAGACAUUAUGGUCCAGAUGCAGCUGCUCGUGAAGAUGAAGGAGAACGGGGUGGACGCGCCUUAUAUGUACGAGAAAGGGGAUAGCCUAUGGGCGUUCCAUCUGGAAUACGCGCCGGGCUCGCAGUUCCUGGGGCAGGCGCAGCGCUUGUUGGAGAUAAGCCGUUGGGACUAUCAUAAGCGGGAUGCAGCGCUGGCGGCGAUGGCGAGGGAACGAGAGGCGGCCGCAAAGUUUGACACGAGCCGGCUGUCGGACUUGAGCGAGCACAUUCUGCUGGACUUGCCGGCCGCACAGGUCACCCCCCUGGUACGGGAACCGGGCCGCCUCGUCAUCACCCAGUCCCGGCUCUACUUCCAGCCCCUCUACAAUCUCAACAACGACAGCCCAGUUCGAUCACACCCCCUCAGCGUUCUUCUGGCCGUCGCUCGGAGACGACACUCCUUGCGUCAUGUAGGAGUCGAGGUAUUCUUCGGCUACGAGAAGGUGGAGGGGUUUGGGGGUCUUGGCGCGGCCGGGGGUCCUGACGGGCCGAGCGCGUUCUUCACGCUUCAGAGUUUCGAAGAAAGAGAGGCCACAGUAACGCUCCUCCUGCGCCAGAUCGCCGCUCGCUCCUCCCCGGCUGUCGGCAGUAUCCUGGAGCUUAACCCUCGCUGGCAAACUCGGGUUAUGCGCGCCUGGCAAACCGGGUUGAUCACAAAUUACGACUACCUCAUCUACCUUAACCUCGCUGCGGGCCGGAGCUUCAACGACCUAACCCAGUGGCCGGUUAUGCCCUGGGUUCUGGCGGACUACACGAGCACUAACCUGGAUCUGCUUAACCCGAAAACGUUCCGGGACCUGGCGAAGCCCAUUGGGGCACUUAACCCGGCGCGGUUAGAGAUGGUUAGGGAGCGGUGCCGGCAGAUGCCGGAGGGGGAGCGAUUUCUGUACGGGACGCACUACUCGACUCCAGGGUACGUUCUCUACUGGCUCGUGCGCGCCGCCCCCGCUCACAUGCUCCGCCUGCAAGCCGGCCGCUUCGACGCCCCCGACCGCCUCUUCCUCUCCGUUCCCGACUCGUGGGACUCCGUCCUCAACAACCCUGCUGACGUCAAAGAGCUCAUCCCCGACUUUUUCGCGCUGCCCGCCGACUUCCUGGUUAAUCGCCAGGAGCUUAACCUGGGGGUUAGGCAGAACGGGACCCCGGUCGGCGACGUGGCGCUGCCGGCAUGGGCGGAUUCGCCAGAGGACUUCAUUCGGAAGCACCGAGCGGCGUUGGAGAGCGACUUCGUCUCCUCCCACCUGCACCUCUGGAUCGACCUCAUCUUCGGCCAUAAGCAGCGGGGCGAAGCUGCGCUCGCAGCCGAUAACCUAUUCCACCAUCUCACAUACGAGGGGGCAGUCGACUUGGAUAAGAUCCAAGACCCGACGCAGCGGGCGGGUUUGGAGGCGCAGAUCAACGAGUUCGGACAAGCCCCUCGUCAGCUUUUUACGGUCCCGCACCCUCCGCGAGAGACGAAAACCGGGACGGAGACCAGGUUAACAGGAGGGUUUGGGGGAAGGUUAGUGGCGGAGAGCUGUAGUCGGGCGAUGUCGAUCGAGUUGUUGGCGCGGAUUCUGGAAGUGGUGGCGGGAACGGAGGGGGAAGAAGAAAGAGAACGGAACGGGGUUAGCGGGACCGGGGGGUUGGUUAGCGAAGGGUUGGAAGACAUGAGCGAGAAACGGAUAAGAAACGGUGAGGCAAACCGCGAUAGAGAGGAGCGAAGAGAGGGGGGCGAUACGGGGAUAUUAGGAAUCAAAGCAGAGCUCGGAAGAGCCGGCAGUCAACAAGAGCCAUCGUCGAAGCAACCCGGUUCGGCAAACGGGGAGCUCAGAGAGGGGCAUGUGGAGCGCACAGAAGCGGGUGACGUCACGGCGGGAAAUCUCCAUAAUGCUGACGUCAGCACGAGCGAGGCGCUGAAGCGGCUUGAGUCGGACGGCGCUCGGCUGGCGCGAUUGCUAGAGGAGGCGGAGGAUCUGGAAGAGGAGGCGGGAAAGGGGUUAGGACGGGGGUUAGAGGAGGGUUUUGGGGCCAGUUCUGGAGGGGGUUAUGGAGAAUUCUCAGGGACGGGCGAAAGGGAGGGUCUAGGGGCGGGUUCGGAGGCUGAUUUGGGUUCGGAGGCGGUUUUGGGGGCAGUUUCGGGGCUUGAUUCAGGGGCGGGUUUGGGGCAGAGGUCAGAAGCGGGUUUGCGGGAGGGUUUAGAAACCGGAUCCACAAGAGAAGGGAUGGAGAGAACGGAUGCGAGCAGCAAAAGUGGUUUUGCAAGUGCGUUCCGAAACCCCUUUGAGGCGAGCAAGAACCGGUUGAAGCAACUGGUGGCCCCUGGGAAGCCCCCCGAAACGGAGGCCCCGAAAAGGGGGUCGCCGGGGCCUAGGGCUUUGACCCCCCUGGAGGCGAGCAAGCAGCGGUUGCGCGAGCUGAUCGCGUCUGGACGUCCCCAAGAGAGUGGGUCGAGUGAACAGAAGCAGAGUACUGAUUCUAAAGAGGCGCAACUGCUAUCGGGGGAGGAUUCGUGGGUGGAGGUAACUGGGGAGCCGGGGGAUGUAGAAUCAGUAGCGGAGAAGACGAAUCUGGCGGCGUUUCCUAAGGCCGUGGAGAAGAGUUCCGUACGCGCACGGAAAGUCAGCGCCGUGCCGACGCGGCCGGCGAGGCUGGAGGGCGAACUAGAGCGGAGCCAAAUGUCCGCCGUCUCAGAAACGGAUCCCCCCUCACAUGCCCCGAUGGAAGCUCUGGAAGAGCAUGCAGAAAACGGGUUUGAGGCCGGGUUAGACGGACCCAAGUGGGUUCCGGGGCAUAACCGGAAUGCGUCGCUGAGCAGUGUCGCGAGUGAUCACCGCUUUUCCGACGGGAGCGAUGCCGCUUCCGUCGGCCCGUCCCGCGCCGACUCGGUCUCCGAGACGGACCUCUUCCUUCGAACCGCUUCGCUCCGUAUCAGAACUGCACGCUCUAGCGAUGAGGAGCUGCUAUCAGAGUCUGCGCCGCGAAACGCGGAAAAGGGGGUCCUUUUGCGUCAGAGGCUCCAAACCCCUCAAACCCUGAAGAUUCAUCGGGGACCAGCCACGGCGCUGGUUCUUUCGGACGAGAACGCGUCCGACUCGAUGACCAUGUACAGCGUCGGACGGGAUGGGUUUGUCAAGGUGUAUUCUAUCGCAGAGGAGUUCCAAGUGCGAGCAACUAGGCUGGGGACGCUUCCGCUGAGCUCAGUGGCGCUCGCAGAGAGCACGGACGCGCACCCGACGGUGCUGGCUGGGUCGUUUGACAACUGCGUCUAUGCUUACUCUGUGGACUACGGGCGGGUGCUUGGAAAGUUGCGCGCCCAUGACGACACCGUGUCCUGCCUCAAGCUCGUCGGGCGCAACGAGAGCCGCCUGAUGACGUCAUCCUGGGACGGCUCGCUGAAAGUCUGGGCGAUGGACGCGGGCAAGGGGGGCUGGGCCGGCACGCUGGGUGGCGUCAUCAGCAGCAGCAGUUUGUUGCCGGAGGCCGAGAUGGUGGAACAUGACGCCGCGAUAUGGUCACUUGAAGUAGACCGGAAGGGAGAUGUGGCAUUCUCUGGCGCGGAAGACGGCAGCGUGAUUGCUUGGGACCUUCGGAAACCCGGCCCCGCCCUCUGGCACGACACGGGAAGCACGCACCCCAUCUGCUCGCUCAAGCUUGCGUUCGACGACGUACACUUACUCAUCGCCGCCACUGACGGGAGCCUCCGAUUGGUGGACCUGAGGAAACGCGGGGAGGCGGCUGCGGAAACUAGAGUGGGGGAAAAGAUUCGGUGCUGCGAGAUGGUCGGUGGUCUCGUUCUUGCUGGCAGUGAGAAUGGAGCCGUUCACUUUUGGCCCAGCGGACUUUCAGACGCUUCCGUCAUUUCGGACCACGGCGGCAACUCGGAGCUUACACCGCUGUCCGACCACAGCGAUGCAAUCACGUGCCUCCACGUGGCAGACUCCCGAAACGGUCAGGAAGGAUUCUUAACAAGCGCCAGUGAAGAUGGUACUAUCCAGCUGUAUAAAAUAGUUGCAAGAGAUCAACAAGUGUGAUGAGAUAGUUCGCAGUCAAGCAUUGGCAUUGCUUUAGCGCACGCAGGUGGCUGCCAGGGGGGGUGCAUGUCGGAAGCGAGUGGCCACAGUAAAUGUUUCAGCAUCCUUGCAAUUGAUGGUACUGGAACGUCGGG